GAUAAUAACAGGAUGUUUACUUUCUAGCAGCUGUCUUCUUUACAUGAAAUAUAAACACCUGGAAAAACACCAACCAUUUUAGCCUGUCUUUAUAGCAAUCUGGAUUUAGAGCAAAGCAGAGAGCAGUAAAUAUCAGUAGAUCGAAAUGUUCAAAACUUUGUUAAUUUUAUUUUUCGUCUGGAACCCUUGUUCAGUGAUUGGCUCCGAGCCCGUUUGCUCCCGGUUUCAUUACGAAGAACAGACGUUAGAAAAAAUGAUAAGACAGGAGAUAUUGAUAGAGAAAAUAAAAGCUGAAAUGGAUGUUACAAAGCAAGAAGUACUUGACGCUCUAUCAGAUUUGAAGAAUGAGAGGCAAGCCAUGGAGUCUCUAAAAGACGAAAUGAAAGGUUCUGCUAUCAAACGUACUGUUGCAUUCAAGGCGCAAGUGGUUUCUGACAAAGCAAUGAGUGACGGCAAAGUUAUAGUAUUCUCCGAAACACUUCUAAACCAAGGUGAUGCUUACGACAAGGCGUCUGGUAUAUUUGUGGCACCGGUUGGAGGCACAUAUCUUUUCACAACGCAAAUUUGCCUGGGAAUAGGCACUCGUUCAUAUUUCGGCAUCUCUUUGAAUGGAAAUAUCAUUUCAAAAUCUCUGCUUGGAGACAACGUUUGGGAGAAAUGCUAUACCUUGGACACAGUAGCGACGGUAAAAACUGGGGACAAGGUUGCUGUUAAAUGUACGGCAUCUUGCAGAGGUGACAGCUUGUGGGAGAAUAGCCAGGCUAUCAGUAGCUUUUCGGGAAUAUUGAUUCCGUAGAGAUACAAAGAAUGUGAUUUAAAAGUGUAAAUAUGUAUUGUGUCCAUACAAGUGGACUACUGCACAUUUUUGUAUCCAAGUAAAUUAGUACAUGAAUUUAAUUUCAUGUUGUAUAACUGCUAUCAUAAAUAAUAUGCUUAAAGGCCUAGAUUUUGGCAGUGGGCCGAGGGAUUUCUGUCUUCGCCAGCACAGUUAGGGGCUAAUGACCAUCACAGUAUGGUUCCAAUAAACAAGGGUCAUUGUUUAUUGGAGAGUCAGUCUACCUUACAAGUGUAUCAAUAAGUGAGAAGGGGAAACAAUGUAAUUUAUUUUAAAUUAAUGAAUAAUUGGUAAUUUUUAAAGUUAUACUAGUUUUUUGGGGCAUUUCUAUUUAAAGAAAAAUAUUUGUUGAUCAAACACAAUAAUAAAAUAAUCAGAAACUUAUUUUCACAAUAAUGAAAUAAUGAGAAACUUACUUUAAGAAAUAUGCAAGUUUUUAUUUUUACAAAUUCUGUCUGGAGAAUUGUGAUAUUUCAGAAAAAUGUGACUUUCACUCAUCUAAAGCUUGCAGAGUACUGUAAAUAACAUUGGUCUAAAAUUGAAAACAGAACGUGCAUUUCAAAGUUACAAAGAAAAGCAUGAAAAAAAGCCACUUUUGGCAACAUACUGAAAAUGAAAAUUGAGUAUAGAUGGAACACAAUAAUUUUAUAUUCAAAUAAUGUGAUUACAGGAAUACAAGAAAAUCAAUUUCCAAUUCAAAAAAUAUUGUUUGUCAGCAGAAAGAACUCAUGAAGUUUUCACUAUACUUGUGUUUUAUUAUCAGUAUAAUUUUCAAUAUUAUUACUGUAUCUUUUAUCAUCCUAUAUGUAAUAAAAUAAUAAUUAUUAUUAUGAUUAUUUUUUUUAUUAUUAUUAUUAUCAUUAUUAUAACAUUAAAGUAAUAGUUAUUAUCAUCUAUAUAAUAUCAAAAUAAUAAUUAUUAUUAUUAUCAUUCCACAUUCACUGAAGAAAAAAUAAUUUCUUUCAACUCCACUGCACACAUCUUAAUGGUCUAGUUGGGGUUCCUGCUGUGCUAAUUGCCCUUUAAUCAGUUGCUAUUAGAUAAUCGCUGAUAAGCAGCAGAUAAGAUGGGAGUUGUAUAUUGGAUUUGGGGUGGGGGGACACUUAUAUAGUAGUGAAUCUAGGCCUUUAACUAUAUGUAUACUUUUAUGACGUUUUGUCAUAUAAAGAAAGAGAAAUAAAACUCAUCAUUCAGA